AUGUCUCCUGCCUUUCUUCUCUCUCGCAGUCUCUCAGGAAACAGCCGCAGCGGCACGGAGGCACGGGCACCUGAGCAUGGGCGCGGCGGCGCCGGCCAGCUGAGGGCAGCCCGCAGAAGGACGCGCGGGGGCUACGAGCGAGGAUGUGCGUUUAAUUUCCCACUGACUCCAGAGAGGGACGACCAGGUGAGUGGGGCACUCUGGAGAGGCGCUUCCUCGGCUGCACGCAGCGAGGCACCGCGGCCGCUCCGCUCCUCUCCUCCGGGCCCCCGCCGGCUGCCAGGGAAAUGCCGGCCGGAGGAGAGGCUCAGAUUGCGGGGUGCGAGCUGGGAGCGCUCCGAGAUCCGGGCAGGCUUCUCUGCGCCUCGCACGGCUGAGCCCGGCCCGGCCCGGCCGUACCCCGCCCCGCGGCCACCGCAGCCUCCGCCGCUCUCCCGCACGUGGGGAGGGCCGCGUGGGGGCGGGGCCGCGCUCGCCGCUUGGCGCCUCUACCGGCUCCCGGGCUCGGCUCGGCCGCGCGGACGGACGCCGUCCGGCUCCGGCUCCAGCUCCAGCUCCAGCUCCAGCUCCGGCCGCAGCCGCGGCCCGCCGUCCCGCGCUGUCCGCCGGCGGCCCCCGGUGCUCGGGAGCCCGAUGUGA